AUGCAUGCUACUGUAAAAUGUCUAUGUUCGAAGUAUUACGUUAAAAUGUUUAAACGACAAGACAGUAGCGGUACAUUUCUAUUGUCAUCAUGUCCAAUAUACUGGAUGAGCUAUAGAGGCCCUCAUAAAGAAGAAAUAGCCAAUAUUUUAUUAGAAACACAAUUACCAUCUUCAGUGCACAUACUCCGAAAAUAUUCAUACAAACGACCGAAACCUGUUAUUCAGUUAAUCGAUCUAUUAAAUCAUAGUUUGAAACUUCGCUCUUCGACUACAUCCGUAAAUGAUCAACUAGUUCGAAUUACAGAUGAUCUCCUAUUGAUUCUUAGUAAACCUUUGUUAAUACAAGAAGAUCUAUCGUUGACUAAAAGUGUUAUUCGUCUUUUGGUAAGUUUAAUCAAUUGUAAUGAACUAAUUAUGAAAUAUGUCAAAGAACGACAAGAAGUUAUUCAGAAAAUAACUGAAGUACAAGAUGAAGCCUACCUCAUAAUAGCUUCAUUAAUGAAUAAUGAUGAACUUAAAUCAAUGAUGAGCAGAAAUGAGAAAUUUUUAUCGGUUAUACGUGAAUAUGUUCGACAGGAAACUGAAUUAUUACAACAAAUCAAUGAUUAUGUUUUAAUCUGUAACAAUCGUGAAACAUGUAUUGAGUAUAUCAGUAAAAUUAAAACGGAAAAAGCAUUUCUUAUUCUGUCGGGCGUCAGUGCACAAGAUAUUUUAGAUGAGAUACAUAAUCAUAAACAAAUUGAUUCUGUCUAUAUAUUCUGUAUGAAACGUGAAAAAUACCAAGCAUUUCUAAAUAACGAGAAAUAUUACAAAGUUAUUGGAAUCUACACUGAACAUGAACCGUUGCUAAAAGCUGUACAAGAAAAUAUACGUGAUUUAAUAAAACAGUCACAAGCACAAGGUUUAUUUGAACAAGAUCAACGAGCAAUGAGAAAUUUAAAAUGGGAAUCACAUGGGUUUAACGUAUUUCGUGCAUUUAAACAAGUCCUUUUGAAGAGUGAAUAUAGUAAUGAAGCGGCAAAACGUGAAAUGAUCGAUAUAUGCCGUAACUAUUAUCGUGGAAAUAAAAAAGAGCUGCUGAAUAUCGAAGAAUUUGAACAGACAUAUAAACCGCAAGAUGCAAUCUUCUGGUAUACUAGAGAAUCGUUUGUUUAUCGUUUGAUUAAUAAAGCCUUACGUACUGAAGAUUAUGAAGCACUUUUAAUAUUUCGAUUCUUUAUUGUUGAUCUAUGUGAAAGUCUAAAUAGACGGUAUGAUGAUUUGAAACAACAACUAAAACAAGAUUCUCCUAUCCUUCUAUCCUACCGUGGCUUGCAACUAACGCCAUCGGAAAUUCACAAUCUUAAACAUAAUCUGGGUAAAAGUAUAGCAACAAAUGGAUUUUUAUCUACUAGUCGUUCACGUGAGAUUGCCUAUACAUUUGCUAAGAAAGGUUCAAAACGUUCAGAUACGGAAACCGUUCUACUAGAAAUUGAUGUUAACACAUCAAAAUUAGCAACAGCAUUAGCUGAUAUUGCUGAAUAUAGUCAUUAUCCAGAAGAACAAGAGAUCUUGUUCGAUUUAGGAGUGUCAUUUACUUUACGUGUAGUAAAUUAUGACAUGAAGGAAAAGAUGUGGAUUGUUACAUUAACAGCUGUAGAAGAUGAAUCAUUGACGACUGACACAGAGACAGUCCUUAGAAAGUAUCCUGACGAAAAGGAUAUUAACAUCCUACUGGGUAAUCUUUUGUUUGAAAGUGGGCAAAAUAAACAAUGUCAGAAAUAUUUCAAAAAUCUACUUCAUCACUGUAAAAACGAACACGAUAAUUUUGCUAAGAUUCAUGAAAAUAUUGGACGUACAUAUGAAUAUGAAAAUAAUUAUGGUGAAGCUAUUGUGUAUUAUAUUAGUGCAUUUAAUGGCUAUUUUUCAUCAGAUCGCUUUGAAAAUGCAGCCAGACUAGCAAGUAUUAUCGGUGCUAUCUAUUAUAAUCAAAAUGACAAACAGAAUGCAAGAAUUUAUACUGACAUAUCAUACAAGAUGGCAAAGAAGGAUGCUCGUCUGCCAGACAAUCAUUGUGUAAUUGGGCGUUGUAUGAAUUCUUUUGCCUGUUUAGAACAAGACAGUCAAAUUUCACUUAAUUAUCACAUAAAAUCAUUGAAUAUAUAUGAGAAUCCAUCAGAAAUGUGUAAAUGUGUGGAUCAUGAUCAAUUGAUUGCACUAACAUGCGAAAAUAUAGCUUUAAUAUAUUCUAAUGAAAAGAACGAUGACAAGGCAUUAGAAUAUCUACUGAAGAGCUUAAACUUCAGAGAAAAGCAUAUUUCAUCACCACUCAAACGUAAACGGUACGUAGAAUCCUUAUCAAGAAUCAGGGAAAUUUACAGGAAAAAACAAUAUGAAGGUGAUUUUGAUCCCUGGGCUGAAUUAAUGGGACCAAAACUGUCAAAAAUGGAUUAUAAAACGAUAUCUUCACUUUUGGAAGAUGCUUUUAUCAAGAUUUUGCCUCUCUUGUCUCAAUUGGACGGUAUAGUGUCUGAGUUUUUAGAAGAUUCAUUGAAAUCAUUGAAAUUCUUAGAGAAGGCACAACCACCGAAUUAUGAGGAAAUUUUGCGCACACACAAGAAUAUUGGUCGAGCUUAUAGUGUAAUGAAAGAUGACAGUUGGGCGUGUAAACAUUAUGUAAAAGCUUUAGAAAUAGGUGAACUAUAUAUACCAAAUGAUAUUAAUCAAAUUCGAGAAUUAAUGGAGACGUUAGGUAACUCCUGUCUAUUAAACAAUGAUCAUGAAAAUGCCUUUAAGAUUUUUAUGAAAAAGAUGAACAUCGAUGAAAAAAUGAAAUAUCUAACCGAUAAACAAAAACAAGCGCAAUGCUAUUUUGAUAUGGGUGAACACUUACUAAAAACGGAUCCUGAUAAUACACUUAAAUAUACUAAAAUGUCAUUACAUAUUCGACAAAAAACUUUGAAAAUUGAUGACGUUAACAUUGGUUUUUGUCAUCAAUAUAUUGGCGCUGCAUAUGAAGUCAAAGACAUAUUUGAUUUAGCUGUAGAUCAUUACAAAAAAGCUAUUGAAGUGUACAAAAAACAUUUGUCGGAUAAAGAAGAAUAUCAAUUUAACGUUAAAGAACUUUACGGUGAAUGUCAUUCAAAAAUAGCUUUCAUUCAUCAGAAACGAAAUGACAUCGACAAAUCGAUCAAAUAUCAUCAAAUAUCAUUGCGAAUAUAUGAAACUUAUCUGCCCGAUAACAUAAAUGAUAUUGAAACAAUUUCAAAAGCCUUGGGUAUGGCUUAUUUAUUCAGGAGCGACCAUGAUAACGCAUUUGUCUUUUUUAUGAAAGCUAUAAAUAUUAAUAAAAAAACAUGUCAGUUACUGGAUAACGAAAAGGAAGCACAAUGCUAUUACAAUAUGGGUAUAGAAUUAUUUGAAAAAGAUCCGGAUAAUGCACUUACACUUUUGAAAAAAUCGUUAGAAAUUCAACAGAGAAUAUUGAAAAGUGACGAUGCUAAGAUUGGCCUUUGUCACCACGAUAUUGGUUGGGCUUUCCAAAAGAAAUCUUCGUUUGACUCAGCAUUAGAACACUAUCAGAAGGCAAUCGAAAUCUAUGGAAAGCAUUUAUCGGAUGAACAAAUAAAAAGAAAUUAUGCCAAAUGUCAUUCGAAUGUUGCUACUAUUUAUCAAGACCAAGAUGAACAUGACAAAACAAUAGAAUAUCUUAAUAAAGCAAUAGAAAUAGCGGAAAGUGCAUUCAGCUAUGAUCAAUGUGUUCUAUCAGAUUAUUUUAGACGAAUAGUAAUUAGUUAUGUUCUGAAAUUAGAGUUCGAUUUAGCUAUUAAAUAUAUUACAAAGUAUCUGUACACUAUCGAACCACAUAGUAGGAUAUGUAAUAAGCGCGAUCAUGCUGCUGACCUUGUCUUUUCUCUCUUUACUCUCGUAUUAUUGCAUGUAAUAAAGAAUGAAUAUAAUUUAGGUGUUCAUUAUAUGGAAAGGACCGUAAACUUGUUGCCAGAUAAUGAUAUAAAUCGUGCUAAAUAUAAUUGUACGGUUGGUGAAAUUUAUAUGGAAAAUAUAAAACAAUAUGAUAAAGCAAUUGAAAUGUACAAAAAAUCAAUUGAAGAAUGUGAGAAACAUUUAUCUGAUAAAGAUGGUAUCGAACUAUAUAGUAAAUGUCAUUCAAACAUUGCUGAAUGUUAUCAAAAUCUAAGUGAAUAUGACAUGUCAAUUGAAUAUUAUGAAAAAGCUUUGAAAAAAUAUGAAACAUUUUUACCAGAUAACUCGAGUAAUGUUGUAAACAUUUCAAAAGCAUUAAGUAAAAUCUAUCUAUUCAAAACUGAUUAUGACAACGGCGUAAGCUAUCUUAUGAGAGCUGUUAGUCUAGACAACAAAACAUGUCAACUAUCACAUGAAGAAAAACAAGCACAGUGUUAUUUUGAUAUCGGUGAACUAUUGACAGACAUACAUCCUGAUGAUGCAAUGCAAUUUACGAAGAAAUCGUUAGAAAUUCGGCAAAGAAUAUCGAAAAGUGAUGAUGUUACUAUCGGUCUUUGCUAUCAGAAUAUUGGUGCUGCUUAUGAAUACAAAUCUAUGUUUGAUAUUGCUAUAGAUCAUUACAAGAAAGCUAUUCAGAUAUAUCAGAGCCAUUUUUUUGACAAAGAUGAGUAUCAGUUUAAUGUUAAACUGCUCUACGUUUAUUGUCAUUCGGGUAUUGCUAGAAAUUGUCAAAAGCAAAGUGAAUAUGAUAAUGCGAUUCGUUGUACGUUAAAAGCAAUAGAUCUAUAUGAACAGAAUUCUACUGCAGAAGAUAGAGAUAACAUUGCACAAUGCUAUUGGCAUUAUGCGGGUGCUUUCUUCAGGAAAGGACAUUAUGAUGAAGCUAUCAAUGUCAUAGAGAAACCCUUGUCCUUACAGCCAAAUGACGAUUUAUUAUCUACAGGGUUUUGCUAUUAUGUUUCAGGUAAUUGCUAUUACGAAAAAUUCGAAUAUAAGAAAGCAUUACCAUUAAUGCAAUCAGCUUUGAAAAACUACGAAAAACACGUACAAAACUUGAACCUUGAAAGUCUUGUGUACCUAUUAAAUGAUAUAGCUUUAUGUUCAUAUAAAUUAAAUGAGUAUGAUCAAGCUGUGGAAUAUGCACUUAAAUCACUUCGAAUUAGCGAUGGAAUGUUAUCGCCAAUUCAUCGUCAAAAAGCAAAAUCACAUAGCAUAUUAGCACUAAUCUAUGGAAAGCAACAGCAAUAUGAAAAAUGUAACGAAUAUCGUAUGAAGGCAUUGGAAAUGUCUAAACAAUUGGUUAUGAAGGGCAAUAAUAUUUUUGAUAUUGGAGAAGUAUUUGAAAAUAUCGGUGAACUUUAUAGAGAAGAAAAAAAUUGGAAAAAAGCUCGUAAAUAUUACAAAAGAACUCUAAAGUAUUAUAAACAAGAUCUACACCCGAGUAUUGCACGUAUACGAAACGUUAUCGAAAAACUGCAGAAAGUUUGA